AUGGCGUGCGCUCCGACAAAGGAGCUACAUCAGAGAGCCACAGUGAUGGCUGUUAAUGACUCUCACGAGUCCUCAGAAUUGACUGAAGAAGCAACUUUUAUUGAAGAUUCCCACAGCCGUGCUUCUGGCCGGUUCUCCGCCGUGCACUAUCGGAAGGUACCGUCUCGCCUCCACGGACAAGCUCUGGGGAAACCGGCUCGUCUCUGCGGGCAGACUCCGGGAGAUCUGUCUGGUCCACCCAGGAAGACCUCUGAGCUAUCGUUCCGUCGCUCUGGACAGGACACUGACCACGAGUUACCGUCCCGUCGCUCCGAACAGGCCACUGGGCUACCGUCCCGUCGUUCCGGACAGGAAAAUGACCACGACCUAUCGUCCCGUCGCUCCGGACAGAAAAAUGGACACAACCUAUCGUCCCGUCACUCCGGACAGGCCAAUUACCACGGACCACCGCCCGGCCACUCCGGAAAGAAUCCAGCGGGACCAUCCCGACAUGAAGCCGAAGGACAGACCCCGGCAGGGCGGUUUGUUCUCCCCAAAGAGAGGGACGUGAAAAGGGCGGGCGUGUACCGGCACAGGCUGCGGAGGGAAGACCUCAACAAGAUACCGCUCAACCCCAUGUACGGCGCAGAUCUACCGUCAGGGCCUGACGGAAGUGUCGAUGACCAACAAGAAACAACUCCGAAAGAACCAGGCGGGCCAUUCCAAGUCGGGACGACGUCCUCCGGCCGACCGGGAGGUCAAGGUCAAGGCGCCGCUCAAGGUCACCGUCCGGCAGCUGGGCUAGCGGCGUCUGGUCCCGCCACACACACGUACGAGGACGGCGACACGUUCCACCAGGGUCUCGGGAAGCCUCUGAGCCGAGAUGCCGGCCGCGCCCCGCCCGUCCCCUCUACCCCGAGGCCGGGAGGACGAACCACCGCCGACGGCCGGUCCCAACCUGACCCGGCCGCUGCCCACACGUACGAGAACGGCGACCAGUUUCGGCAGGGGUUCGGACCGCCUCUGAACCGGGACGUCCUCGGCGCACCGCCUGUUCCCUCUACCCCGAGGCCCGGGGGCGGCCAACAAGUGCCGCCGGUCGGGCUCAAUCCGUUACAGAACCCGCAAGACAUCCUCCGCCAGCUCCGGCCAAACCCGAUGUACAGCUCAAACCACGCCCCGCUGCCGCCGCAAGCAACGUCUGACCAGGGCAGCAAGACCUACGUCAUCCCCUUCAGCGAUGAGUCGGGGCCCGGCAAACUGCGCACCGUGCGUGCAGUCGCGGUUUCCCCCGACAACAAGAUCUGGGUGGCCGCAGCGAACCAAGCGCGCCUCCAAGUGUACAGCAUGGCAGGCGGCUUUCUGCACGAGUUCCCACAGGACGCGCCAGGGCUGGGGUACCCAGGAAAGGAUCCAUCUCAGGUGUCCAUCGACAGAGAUGGCCACCUGUGGGUCUUCAUGAAUGGGUACCCUCGCACCACCGACACCGUGGUGCAGUUCGACAGGGAAGGCAAUCUGAAAACCAAGUUUGAUCUCCCUGAGGCUGCAUCACGGGGGCCGCCCCGUGGCAUGGCCGUGGGCUUGCAUGUGUAUGUUACCUGGUCUGACGGGUACCGUGGCGGCCUGCAAGCCUUCCGGCCUGACGGUAACCUACUGUGGGAAGUCGGGCAGCAGCCGCAGGUGCCCCGCGCGCGGAUGAAGACGCCGAAGCACGUCGCCACUGACGGGAAUGGGAAGAUCUACGUCUCCGACUGGGGCACUCACACCAUCUACAUCUUUGACGAAGACGGAAAGUACAAGGGGAAGUUCGGAAGUCCGGGAAGGAGCGGCGGCCGCCUGAAUCGUCCCGAAGGCAUCUGUGUCGACCCUUCAUCCGGUCACGUCCUGGUGGCGGACUCAGAAAACAGGCGCGUAGUGGUCUACACUAGCCAGGGGAGGUAUGUCCGCUAUAUCACUAUCACUAACAGCCCGCAUCCCUACGUUGGCAAACCAGAUGCCAUCGCAGUGGGCCCUAGUGGGCAGUUGGUUGUGGAUAAGGGUAAUGCCAUCAUUGUGUUCACCCGCUACUGAGUAUGCAGUAGGAAG